CGCUCGCUGUCUGACAUGGCACAGCGCUCCGACUCCUCCACGGGGCUGCAGAGAGCUCUGCUGGCCCCUGUGUGUGGCCCCCACCAGGACUGAGAGCCGGAGCAGCUGUAAGGAGCCACCAUGUCCCUGUGCCCGGGGGACAGCUUGAACGAGACUGCCCUGAGCAACCGCAACAGCAACUAUGAGCUGACUCCAUCCCAGAAGUGGCUGAUGGGCGCAGCCUUGACCUUGAUGAUCCUGCUCAUUGUGGUUGGGAACUCUUUGGUGAUCAUAGCCAUAGCCAAGACUCCCAGGCUGCAAACCAUGACCAACGUCUUUAUCACCUCCUUGGCCUGCGCUGACCUCAUUAUGGGCGUUUUAGUGGUGCCACCAGGUGCCACCCUCCUAGUCACCGGCAACUGGCUCUACGGCAUCGUGGUAUGCGAACUGUGGACCUCGGUGGACGUCCUGUGCGUGACAGCCAGCAUAGAGACCUUGUGCGUGAUAGCCGUGGACAGAUACAUCGCCAUCACCUCGCCAUUGAAGUACGAGAUGCUGGUGACCAAAGCAAGAGCCAGGUUGAUCGUUUGUUUCGUGUGGGCCAUUUCCGCCUUGAUAUCGUUCUUGCCCAUCAUGAUGCACUGGUGGAGGGAUAACAAAAACAUCAUAGCCACGAAUUGCUACGAUGACCCCAAAUGCUGCGACUUUGUUACCAACAUGCCUUACGCCAUUGUGUCUUCCACCAUGUCCUUUUACGUCCCUUUGGUCAUCAUGAUCUUUGUGUACGCAAGGGUCUUCAUAGUGGCCAGUCGGCAGGUCAACUUGAUAGAAAAGGACAAAGUAAGGUUCAACGGGACCCCCGUGCCCUCCACCAAAAACAAAAGGACUUCGAAAAGGAGGCCCUCGGGGUUGUUGGCCAUCAAAGAACACAAAGCACUAAAGACUUUGGGCUUCAUCAUGGGGGUCUUCACCCUUUGCUGGCUGCCCUUCUUCGUGGCCAACAUCAUCAAGGUGUUUUGCACUUCGUUAAUAGACGACAGCGUCUUCUUGUUUUUGAACUGGUUGGGUUACAUUAACUCAGGGCUUAACCCCAUCAUCUACUGCAGGAGCCCGGAUUUCAGGAAGGCGUUUACAAAGCUGCUUUGCUGCAAUCGGCUGGCCGACCGCAAACUGCGCGCGUUAUCCAAGGACGCUAAACGCAAUCAAUACUCCUCAAGCAAUCAGCUGGACUGCGAUGGCCUCAAACACCUCGGCGACGCCGAAAUGGGCAACGGCAGCCUGAGUAGCAGUAGCCGGUGUAGUAGCCGGACUGAGGAGACUAGUCUGAAAAACAGUAACGGACAUCCCCACCAACCUAAUCAGUCCAACGUGUAAGCCACUGAACGGAGCCUUCAUUCCGCCGAGCCCUUUGCCGUACGGCAUUCGUGGCCGUAGGGAUUACCUGUUUUUCAUUUUUUUCGACAAAGGAGUACUUACUGUUUUUUGUGAGUCCCAAAUGUUCUAAGUCUAAGGAUUCACUGUGAUCAAAUUGACACUACAGUAUAGAAGAGCUGUUUUAAGUGUUUACUUGAUACUCCUCUUGGGUAAAUCCAACAAUAGUUUCUCUUUAUAGGCUUUAUAUGUCUUUUAUACCGUAUUUGUCUGACUACUACUAUACCAUGGUGAACAUGUAUGUAAUAUUAGCAGGGUUUUUUCUAGGAAAUUAAAAUGUUUCUCAACGGAAAUUAUUCUAAUUUUCUAGAAAAUGUUACACUGGCCAUACACGGGGUGAUCUUGCGUCUCUUAUGACCAAACGUUUUUUUACGCCAAUCUCGAUGUUGAGUCAUUCAUAAUGAGUGUUGACUUACCAAGUAUUGGAUAAAGGAAUCUGAUCUGCUAGAAAAUCAAUGACUUGGGUUUGCAGGUCAUGUAAAGUGCUGUCAGUUGGACAGUUGUGUUUUGGAUAGCUAUAAAAAAAUCAAAAAUUUCCUUCUUAAAAAAAAAAAAAAAAAGAUACAAGUCAA